AUGGAGGAGCUACGUCGCAACUAUUUUACAUGGGAGCGCGAGCCCUAUCCAACUGAACUGUUGGCCAACGAAACUCGUUUGGUGGCUUUGCUACCGGGAAAAUGGAACGACGAGGUUCGAUGUGAGCUCUUCCACGUUUCUGGUGAAAGCGCGAUUGAACGACCCCCUUACCAGGCCUUGUCAUAUGCAUGGGGCGCACCAGGCCAUCAGGCGGCUCAUAUUCAAGUGAACGGUUGUGAGUUUGCCGUGACUGUGAACCUCAAUACAGCUUUGAGGUUUCUCCGGAACAACGACGAGCCUAUUGUUCUCUGGAUAGACGCACUGUCUAUCAACCAGCAGAGUGAUAAAGAGCGCUCUUCUCAGGUCGCUAAGAUGCGCGACAUAUAUGAGGCAGCGGAUCAAGUAAUCAUAUUCCUUGGAGACGAUUCAAGCCAUAGAGCAGGGAAAUCGCCCAGGCGAGACCCCGGACCCUGUGUGCGGUUCACGGGACACGAUUCAGAUGAGGACCUUAUAAGACAAUACAUGCGAAAGUGGGCGUCAUCGCUCACAACGAAACAGAUAUCGGCACCUGACAUAUUUUGCAUCAUCGCCAUCUUGUCAAGACAAAUUAGUUGCCUCAAAUUCACACAGGAAAUCCCAGGCCGCCAUCUGGGUGCCAUUUUCGAGGCGCUACGGACUAUGCUCACAGCCCGUUGGUGGGAUCGAAUCUGGGUUGUCCAAGAAGCCGUCGUGGCUGAGCGUAUGGUCGUGAGAUAUGGCAAUGCUUCCAUGCCCUGGAAGAUGCUCGCUACCGUAGCGAGUCUCUAUCACCAAGGCCUUCUUUCGGCUACCAUAGCGAGUCUGUACCACCAAGGCCUUCUUUCUGAUUGCCCUGAUUCGGUCUCGUCGGAUGACACAAAAGUCUUGCGACUUCUCUCCCGGGUGAGGGACCUGGACCACUUUCGGCAGACUUGGCGAGCCCAGUCCCAGAAAUUAGAUCUCCUCGCCCUGCUCAGACAAUUCUGUAAUCGCAAUUCAUCCGAUAGUCGUGACAAGAUUUUUGCACUUCUAGGUCUAUGUGACCAGUCACAAACUUUGAAUCCCAACUAUUCGUGGGAUGAAGUAACGGUGUAUGUGAAAUAUCUCAUACAGAUCAUCCAACAAAAAAGGUCACUCUCCCCAUUAAAUGGGGAUAUUGGCCGCAAAAACAGGCGAGACAUGCCAUCCUGGGUGCCCGACUGGAACGCUACCUUCGACGAAUCUGACCGUGGACGACUGGCUCUUGCGGAGCUGUACGACGCCUGUGGAGGGGUUACUAGUACUGUAUUGGUGGUUGGCGAUAGUCAAAACUCACGGUUGCCUGAUAUUGUUGGUGGUAAAGUUUGGGAAGGCUGGGAUCUCGACAAAGCCAUCUCACAAGUUGAAGAAGGCAUGGUCCAAUUAGUCGAGUCUCUGGAGAGCGAGACUCAACCAAAAGCAUAUUUGCCGGCAUAUGCUAAAUCUUCGUUAGAGGCUUAUGAGCGCUGCUUCCAAAGGAUGGCUGGACAUAAUGGCAAAUUGGAGGCCUUAUUCAAUAAGCUGAUCUCGUUCUGUCAUCCAGAGGGACAGAGACAACAUACGCGGUUUAUCAACCACAGCCUGCUGAUCGUUGAAGACAGAAAUCUGAACGGUUGCGGAGAUGGGUCUUUGGCAGCGAGAGGGCGAUUCCUCGGGACUGUAUCCAGAGUCCUCGAGCCAUUAUACUCUUGUAGCGACACAGAGGAUGUGCUAAUUGGAACGAAACAGUGGUUUGAACGCUGGCUCAAAUAUAUGAGCCUCUCUGUCGACAACUAUGACCCGUUGCAUCUCACUACUGUGUUUGCAGAAACUCUGUUAUCUAGUGCUAAACUAACUGAAAACGGCCUUGAGAGACUGGAAAAACAAGAUAACGCUCAUUUGGUCUCUUGGUUGUGGCGCAUCCUCUGGAGGGUAGACUCUGACCAACAAAUUCAUCAUCUGUUUAAGGUCCUAUCUCUUAAUAUUGAAAAUAUCAACAAUUUGCCCGACCACCUAGUUGCGGAAUCAUAUUCAGCUGCUAUGCGACUUUCUAUCACCAAACGGGCGUUUUUCAUUGCGCACGAUGGCAGAAUUGGGUUGGGGCCAAUAUCGAUGCGAGCAUUGGACGAGAUAUAUGUCCUUCCUGGUGGCAAAAUGCCCUUUAUCCUCCGCAGAAUUCCUCGCCAAAACAAUGGCCCAGGUCAGUUUACAGAUUCAGCAUUCAGCCUGGUGGGCGAAUGCUAUCUUCAUGGAUGUAUGGAUGGACAGAUGGGUUUGCCAAACGAGGGGGGAAUUCCGGACUAUCGUCACUAUUUUCAACAUAGGCCCAUACAAGGCUAUGAGGUUCUAGCGAAGAGUGAGCCAGAUAUACGGUGGAUCUCUGUAGUUUAG